CAACCUGCUACCGCAAAUUUAUAGCAGGCCAAAGGUUUCUGGUCUUUGCAUUCUUCUUCCUGUGCGGCGAAGGAGAAGCCAGUCUCUUCUUUCUCUCUAAAAAUGGACGGUAAUGAUCUCUCCAAUCUCGAAAAGUGCCUUCUGCAAAGCGAAGCUCUGCAUCAGUACAUAUUGGAGACCAACGUCCUGCCGAAGGAGCAUGAACUGCUUAAGAAGCUUAGAGCGGAGACUAAGGCCAGGAUUCCCAAAAGAGCAUUAAUGAAUGUCCCCCCUGAAGAAGGGCAGCUCCUUUCAAUAAUCCUCAAGGUAAUGAACGCCAAGAGAACCAUAGAAGUUGGGGUCUUCACCGGCUACUCUCUUCUUGCCACAGCACUUGCCUUACCCGAGGAUGCCAAGAUAACGGCGAUCGACAUCUCCAGAAAGUGCUAUGAGAUCGGCCUUCCAUUCAUCAAGGAAGCAGGAGUUGAGCACAAGAUCGAUUUCAUCGAAUCAGAUGCUGUUCCAGCUCUUGACAAAUUGGUUCAUGAGGUUACAGAGGAUGAGCUGUUUGAUUUCGCCUUUGUUGAUGCUGAAAAAUCAAACUAUUGGGAGUACCAUGAGAGGCUACUGAAGCUAGUGAGAGUUGGAGGGCUCAUAUGCUAUGACAACACACUUUGGCUUGGAACAGUUGCGCAUCCUCCUCAACAAGACGUUCCAGAAUUCAUCAAUUCUGUGAGGGAAGCUGUGCUGAAAUUCAACGAGAAGAUCGCCGCCGAUACGAGGAUCGAGUUGUCGCAGGUUUGUAUCGGCGAUGGGCUCACGAUUUGCCGCCGCGUCGUCUGAACUGGAAUGGAUUAUGAUGUAGCUAUAGAAGCAGCUGGUCGUCUGUUAUCCUCUGAGCUAUGUUCAGUGUAUUGUUCUCAUGAUUAUGGUUUAUCUGUUGCGGAAAAAACAUCUAAGAAUCGUUUGUGAUGGUUACAUCAUUACAUGUUUUGUUUAAUGAAGUUUGGACUUAUAA